AUGGACUCAUCAUCGUUUGUUACACAAGCAUCAACUCCAAACAGCUUUGCUAGCCAAUGGAACCAGAAAGAAAGCGAGUGGUUUGUAAGCAGCUCGCAGCGCACCCAAUCCAGGUAUUUACAACCAUCGUUGUUAUACGAUGAAGAAGAAGCUGAUAAUGCGCAUGAAGUAGUGGCACAAGAUUCACCAGAGCUCUUUACUCAACACAGUGACUUUCAUUUACGUGGUGCUCCGUUCAAUGCGUCUGAACUGGACAUGGAAGAUUCAGAAGGUUUUGCUUUUCAAGAUGAUGUCCCUGAAGAAGAAAAUAAUCAAAGCUUUUAUUUGGCCUCAGUCCCACGGCAUAACUUUGACACUCCAGCUCAACUUUUUAUACCAGACUAUGGAGAUCAACCUGAGAACCCGAAUGCAGGGAUAGGGCUUCGCUCUGUCAAUGAGAUACCCAACCCAUUUCGUUCAGUAUUUAGCAAAUUUCCCUACUUUAACAUCGUGCAGUCAAAAGUAUUUGACGAGGUGAUGUACACUGAUAGACCACUUGUGGUGUGCGCUCCAACAGGUUCUGGCAAAACAGUAAUUUUUGAGCUUGCUGUUAUUCGUCUUCUUAUGAGCUGUGAGGGAGGACUAAGUACAGCUAAAGUAGUUUAUAUGGCCCCUAUGAAGGCAUUAUGCAGUGAACGCUUCACUGACUGGUCGACUAAAUUUGGACCGUUUGGCUUAAGAUGCAAAGAAGUAACAGGCGAUAGUGAGUUGGAUGACCUUUAUGAACUGCAGAGCGUCCAUGUGAUAAUGACCACUCCUGAAAAAUGGGACAGCAUGACAAGAAAGUGGAGAGACAACAGAUCCCUCGUGCAGUCAGUCAAGCUUUUUCUCAUUGAUGAGGUUCAUCUUAUUAACGAUGACGCAAGAGGAGCCACUGUUGAAGCUGUCAUCAGCCGUAUGAAGACCGUUCAAUCCACUAUGACCCGCUGCAGCACUUCAGGAAAUACCAGCAGUCUUGGUAGAGCGGGCAUGCGACUUUUGGCUAUCUCAGCUACCAUACCAAACGUGGAAGAUAUUUCAGCCUGGCUUGGAGGGAUUGAUUCUCCUGCAUCUCACUACAGUAUGGACGAUUCACACCGACCAGUGAAACUACGUAAAGUUGUUCUUGGUUUUCCUAAGGGGAAUAAUUUCUCUGACUUCCGAUUUGACUUGUCUCUGAAUUAUAAGUUGAGUGGCAUCAUUCAAACUUACUCAGAUCGGAAACCUACUCUUGUGUUUUGUUCAACACGCAAGAGUGCUCAGCAAGCAGCACAGACGCUUAUGAAAGACGCACGCUUUAUCAUGAACUCAGAACACAGACAGAGGCUUCAGAGGAUUGCUAACUCUCUUCAUGAUUCUAAACUGAGAGAGUUAGUGAUGUGUGGGAUUGGGUACCACCAUGCAGGACUCGAUCCCACGGAUCGAAGAAACAUUGAAACAAUGUUCAUCAAAGGCGACUUGCCUGUACUGUUUGCAACUAGUACUCUGGCUGUAGGAGUAAAUCUUCCCGCUCAUCUGGUCAUCAUCAAGUCAACAUCUCACUACGUCAUGGGCGUGUUUCAAGAGUACUCAGAAACACAAAUACUUCAGAUGAUUGGAAGGGCAGGAAGACCACAGUUUGAUUCCUUCGCCACUGCAGUCAUUUUGACAACAAUUGCAAACAAGGAAAAGUAUACCGGCCUUCUUGAAGGCACUCAGAAAUUGGAGAGCAGUUUGCACCAUCACCUAAUCGAGCACUUGAACGCAGAAAUAGUCCUUAACACUAUCACAGACGUUUCUAUUGCCAUAGAGUGGUUGAAGUCCACCUUCUUGUAUAUAAGAAUAUUAAAGAAUCCCACACACUACGGGAUACCUGAGGGACUUGAGAAAGAGGGUUUGGAACAAAAGUUACAAGAUUUUUGUUUGAAGAGCCUCAACACACUGGAAAAGGCUGGGCUCAUAAAAAUGGACGACGGUUUUGAUCUCAAGCCCACAGAGCCAGGUCGCCUGAUGGCCAGAUACUGCAUUGCUUACGACUCCAUGAAACAGUUUCUUAACAUCAAAGGAACGGAAAGUCUUAGUGAUAUGGUUGAUCUGGUGUCCAAGUGCAGAGAAUUUUCCGAUGUCAAGCUACGAAUGAACGAAAAACGAGUACUAAAUACUCUAAACAAGGACAAAAACAGCGAAAAUGUAAGGUUUCCAAUCAGUGGAAGAAUCAAGUCAACGGAACAAAAAGUUAAUUGCCUUAUACAAGCCACGCUUGGUUCACUUCCAAUAGCGGAAUUCUCCCUAAGCCAAGAUGUUGCGAAAAUCUUUCGAGCCGGACAAAGAAUUACUCGCUGUUUGACUGAGCUACAAAUGUUGAAUAAUAAUUUUGUGUCACUUCAGAAUUCAGUCAUUCUCGCGAAGUGUAUGAGAGCCAGAUUAUGGGAGAAUUCCAAGUUUGUCUCAAGGCAACUAGAGAAAGUUGGACCUUCUUUGUCGGCUAUGAUGGUCAACGCUGGGUUGACAACCCUCAAGAAAAUUGAGGAAACAAAUCCGAGAGAAAUAGAAAUGAUCGUUAAUCGUCAUCCACCUUUCGGAAGUCAGAUUCGGGAAGCAGCUUCAACUUUACCAAAAUAUGAGGUUUCUGUUCAGCAGACAGGGAAACAUCAGCCAGAUCGUUCCGAGAUUGUAAUUACAGUUACCAUGAUGAACUACAUCAAGCGAAAAGAUGCGAUUGGGUCAGCAAGGAACAGCCACUUCUGCCUUCUGGUGAUCGCUGAUACUGAAAACAACGUGGUGUUCAAACAGAAAUUAGGAGAUUUUGUGUUUUUGAAAGAGGGAUACUGGAGUAAGAGAGUUGAAGUACAGCGAACGGCUGCUCAGUCUUCAGAUUUGAACAUACACCUUAUCAGUCAAGAAUACGUUGGUGUGGACGUGAGUAAACGGUUCUCCCCUCAAUACAGUGUUGGGCAGCCGUAUCUUAUCACGAAGAAUGAACCACAGGCAUGUGCUCCCAAACUUGUGAAGAGCAAUGCCUCUAAUUCAGGUAAAUUUUUGUCCUCGUUUUUCAAACUCUCUCCGUACUGUCGCGAGGAGGAAGCUUAUAAUUUGAUACAUUUACAUUUCGUAUCAAUUAAAACUUCCUUGACAAUACACACAUGUGGCCAUGAAUGCUGCAAACAAGGCGUCAGCUCUAAGACAAGGAAAAGGAAGUCACAGGUGGAACAGAAUAAAGAACCAAAUUGUUCACCAUUGAUGAGUACACCAACUAUAGAUAAUCAAAGAAAAAUUACCGAGGUGGAUGAACACGGAAAUAUGAAUUCCUUCCUGAAAAACCUUCACAUAAGAGCGCAAGCCAUUCCUGGCACGCCAGCCAAACGCUUAAAGCCAUCGGCGCCGGAGACCGUUGGAGCCAGCUAUGUGGAUUUAACACUGGACAAAAGAUUUGGUUAUACGCGCAGGAUCCCUUUUCACAUCUGUGAAGAGAGAAGCGAGGAGACUGUGGUGGGUGAGAAAGAACAUACGGGAAGCCUUUGUUGGGAAGAAGUUGACUGGCAUUUAAGAAAAAGAGAAGAAAAAAGGGAUACCAGUAAAGAUGAAGAUCAGUUUGAUGAUGAGCUGCCUUGCUUUAGCUUGAAUGAGCUAUGGAAUGACGAUGAAUUAGCCUUGACUUUAAAUGUUGAAAGCGAUCCUCACACCAGCCCACAGGAGCUGCACUUGCGGCAAAAGAGGAACAAGUCUUUGCACCCUCUUUUCUUCGACGUGGCUGCUCCAGAAAACCGCCAGAAGAUAUCAGUUGUCGAAAGGCCGAUGCCAAGAAGCUCUCGAUUCAAAGCAGAAUCUAACGCGAGAGUAAACUCAUGUGCUCCCUUAUUUCUAGGCAGCAGUCAAUCUAAUAGGCACUUGAGGAGAAUUCCCCUGCCUGUACUACCACCCCCACCCACCCCUGAAGCAGAGGAUUUUGAUCUAACAGGUUACUCCGGGUCCGCAAGGGGUACAUGUAGCAGUUAUUGGAAUAAAGGGCAACUAAAUCUCACUAGCACAGGAAGAAUGAAACAGUGUUCUGGGCUGAGAUCGCCAUCGGAGGACCCCUAUGAUGUUCUAGAGGCAGAAGAUUGGAAUAUCCUGCCUGUUGUUUCUAAGCCUGAAGGACAGACCAACGCUUUAAGCUCGAAAAAGAAGACAGAGAAUGAAACUAAUCUUUUAGGCUCUCAGAGUUCAACCACGUUGGAUACACCAUCAAUGCAAGGAAGCAGUUGUUUACAGAAAGAGAACGUGAUAGCAGUCGAAGAUGAGUGUACACAGCGAUGUCAGCAAAGUCCCUGUUCUGCCUCCUUCUUCUGUUCUAAGUCUUCUGAGAGCUGUGAACAAGACUUCGAAGAGAAAGACGCAUUUGCAGGGAUUUUCAAUGGAUUGUUAUAGACUGAAAAUGGAAAAUAAGACGGGGGAAGAAAAGGGUUCGUGUGAACUCUACUAUCAAGACAAUGAGAAAGUAUUGCGAACAUUUUGUCAACAAAUAACCACAAUUCAAAGUUAUCUCGAAAUUUUGAGUUGGACCGUGAUAAAACAGUUAAAUUGGAUUUUUCAGUUUGAUGUCAGUUUGUAUUCUUUCGCAGACAUCUACUAAUUUAGCUUGAUUAGAUUGUAACCGGUUAUCUUUCAUUUUUUUUACUACUUUCACCAAAUGUGUUUUAUGCACCAUAACAGCAACAGAUCCUACGAGGUCUAACACGGUCCACCUGCAGCCUUGACAGUCACUGCCACUCGAGGAAAUAAAUAUUUAUUACUUUGUCUCUUCAUAUGGGUUUUAAGGGGCUGUAGCAUCACUGUGUUAUCCACUCUUGUGCUGGAAAUAAUUCAUUAUCUACCUCUUCACCGGGUAACAGGGAUUAACGAGUGCAAACCUUGAGUAGCUGUUCACAUACGUAAAGCCCGCUUCUUAAUCGGUCGCAAAGGAGCUCUCACGUUCUGGAGAAAUUGUAACUACGCAAGAAAAACUCGAGAGCCCUCCCAGCCCGCGCUGAAAAAAUGGAA